AUCCGGACCAGCCAACCACAGUCGAGGGAUUUGGCUAGCAAUCAAUCAAUCCAUCGAAGCUUCGGCUCUGACCUGCGACGACAUCACAUCCAAAAUAACCAAGCAAUUGGGUCGCAUCGGAACCACAACCUCGGCCACGAUGCUGUCCCAACGAUUUGCGCGGGCCUCGACGGUCCGCGGCGCUGUCCAGGCUGCCCGACGAACCCCGAUUGUCCAGCAACGUACCUUCUUCCCUCCUCAGUUCAACGACCGCAAGGUUCUCGAGGAGAAGUACCCCGAGUACCCGACUCUGUCUGAUGCGGAGGAUCCCAACAUGAACGGCGGAUACAUCAACCCUCCCUUCAUCAAGAGACAGUUCCGCGAUCCCCACGGCGACUGGUGGGACAAGCAAGAGCGCCGCAACUUUGGCGAGCCCGUUCACGAAGACCACGACUUGCUCGGCAUGUUCUCCCCCUUCGAGUACACCUGGACCACCACCGGCAAGGGCCUGGCCCAGAUUGGCGCCUUCAUCGUUGUUUUCCUCGGUGUCUGCAGUGUCGUCAAGGCCAGCUACCCUGACAAGGCUUCAUACCCGAGAGAAUUCCCCGACGGACUCGAGAGGGAGCUGGGAGGUGCAAGCGCUCUGCGGGCGAGAAAGGCUGGUGAUGCUGACCCAUGAAAAGUGUGAAAUGUCGGGGGUUGCGAUUAGUGACGCAUGUGUGUAUUUUAGAGCAGAAGAAGAAAUCCCUUGGGAACCCCACCAGUAACAAGUUCAUAUGUCUUCAGCCAAUGUCCCGACGAGAACCAUUGGCAGUGAUAUAACAGGUGCUUUAAUCAUAUCAAUUCUAACCUGACGAAUAGUCGCACCUUGCUGCCGCAAAGAAAUCAGUUGUGGAAGGUCUCUCAUCAGCAAUGGCAGUAUCGUGAGGUACCUAGCUAAUCAUCCGUCAAUUCUUCAGGAUGGCAAGUGCCCGGUUUCAUGAGUACUAGCCACUUGAAGGAGGGUACCGAAGCAAAAACGCAUGACAGUUCCUUCUUUCCGAGAGGCAUCUCGGUUGCUACUUGCCCCUCUGGUGAAAGAGGUACG